AUGUCUUUAAAGGUAAUUCUGAUCCUUGCAGUAGCAACACUUGCAGCUACUGCUCCAUUCGUUCCCAUUGAAGAAAUUCAUAAGCCAUUGCCAUACUCUUUCGGAUACAAAAUCAAAGACAAGCAUGGUGAACAACAUCGUGAAGAAACAGGUGAUGGCGUUGGCGUCGUGAAAGGCAGCUACGGAUUCACAGACGAAAGAGGAAUCCAUCGCCAAGUACAUUACGUAGCAGACAAGGCUGGUUUUCGCGCAGAAGUCAAAACAAAUGAACAUGGAACCGCCCCUUUCGAUCCAGCUCACGUUAAGAUGAUUUCUUCAGCCCACCCUUACCUUGGAGGUGCUGGAGCUAAAGUUCUUGGUGGUCCAGCCCUGGCUGUUCUGGAAGCCGCUAAAUUCCUUGGUUCUGCUUUGGCUUCUGAAUCUCCUGCUCUUUUUGCCAAACCAGUGCUGGCAAGUUUGGAAGCACCAAAGCUUUUCGCUGCUGAUUUAGCUGCCAAAUCUGCAUUUCUAGGUGCUCCUUUUGCUGUUGGAGGACUGCCAUUAGGAGGACCAACCGUUUACGCUGAGCCUCUACUUGGAGGAGCGAUCACAGGUUAUGACAGUAGAUUUGGAGCUUGA